AUGCCGCGCUCCUUUCUGGUGGACUCGCUAGUACUGCGCGAGGCGGCUGAGAAGAAGGCGCCCGAGGGCAGCCCGCCGCCGCUCUUUCCCUAUGCGACCUCCUAUCCGCUGCCCGACCCCCGGCAGUUCCACUGCAUCUCCGUGGACAGCAGCUCAAACCAGCUGCCCAGCAGCAAGAGGAUGCGCACCGCCUUCACCAGCACGCAGCUGCUGGAGCUGGAGCGCGAGUUCGCCUCUAACAUGUACCUGUCCCGCCUGCGCCGCAUCGAGAUCGCGACCUACCUGAAUCUGUCUGAGAAGCAGGUGAAGAUCUGGUUUCAGAAUCGCCGGGUGAAGCACAAGAAGGAGGGCAAAGGCAGCAACCACCGCGGCGGUGGCGGGAACGCGGGUGCCGGCGGGGGCGCACCGCAAGGCUGCAAGUGCGCGUCACUGUCCUCAGCCAAGUGCUCGGAGGAUGACGAAGAAUUGCCCAUGUCUCCGUCUUCUUCGGGGAAAGACGACCGGGAUCUCACGGUCACUCCCUAG